CUUAUAAGAAGAAAAGGAGCUACAUUGCUUCAAGCCAAAAAACAAAGAACAAAAAAUGGAGGAAAAAUGGGUUGGAGCAAUUGUAUUGUUGGUUUUGGUAAGUGGGUGGUAUUGUUCUUAUUGUUCUGGGUGUUUGGAGGAAGAGAGAAUUGCCCUCUUAAACCUCAAACAUUCAAUCCCUCCCCCAACUGGCAAUGUUCUAGCAUCUUGGGGAGGGCAUGGUGAUUGUUGUAAGUGGGUUGGGAUUGAAUGCAACAUCACAACAAAGAGAGUGAUCCAACUCUCUCUUAAUAAUUCUAGGAGUUGGUGCUCUAAGGGUUGGUAUUUGAAUUCUUCUCUAUUUUCGCCCUUUGAAGAGUUGAAGAGUCUUUUCUUGCAAGGAAAUUGCAUUUUAGGCUUCAUGAAGAAUAAAGGUCUAGAAAAGUUGUCAGGCUUAAGUAAUUUGGAGGUUCUUGAUUUGAGUGAUAACCAAUCAAACAGUAGCAUCCUAUCAACUUUGGCUAGUCUUUCAUCCUUAAAAGUGUUAAAUCUAGCAGGCAAUCAAGUGGAAGGAAGUCUCCAUAUUCAUGUUCUAGGUGUUAAAAGACCAUUGGAGCUAAGUAAUUUGGCAGUGCUUAAUCUGUGGUGUAAUUCUUUCAAUCACACAACUUUAUCUUUCCUAAGAAUGCUUCCAUCUCUCAAGAUUCUUGAUUUGGGUGACAACAAAUUAAAGGGAAUAUUAAAUAUUAAAGAAUUAGUUGCUUUAAACAAGUUGAAGGAGUUGGAUUUAAGCUACAAUCAUGUGGAAAGUUUUGUAGCUCCCAAAGGUGUUAAAAGAGCACUGGGGCUAAGUAAUUUGAAAGUGCUUAAUUUGUACGGUAAUUCUUUCAAAAACUCGACUUUAUCUUUCCUAAGAUGGCUUCCAUCUCUCAAGAUUCUUGAUUUGAGUGACAACAAAUUAAAGGGAAUAUUAAAUAUUAAAGAAUUAGUUGCUUUAAACAAGUUGAAGAAGCUGGAUUUAAGCUAUAAUCAUGUGGAAAGUUUUGUAGCUCCUAAAGAAUUAGCUGCUUUAAAUGAGUUGAAGGUGCUAGACUUAAGCUACAAUCAUGUGGAAAGUUUUGUAGCUCCUAAAGGUAUUGAUGAAAGUAAAAGUUUGGUUAUGAUGAGAUAUGAGAUGUUCAAGUAUGCUAGAAGUCCUAAACCUAAGAGAGAAUGAAAACACUUGUGGAAGCUGUCUACUACAAUCAAUCAAAGCAUUCCCUUUAAUUAAGAUCCUUGAUCUUA